CUUCUGCUUCUAACCUGUGUCAGGUCCUUCUGCCCGGAUACUGAUGACGCGCUGGCAAUUCUCACUCCUAUUUGGUGCUGUGAACCCGGUGACCCAAUCAGCGUCGCCCCAGACACUAGUCCGUAAACUCCACGCAGCCCGCGGGACUCAGCGGCGUCCGGGAUCUCAGAUGGGGGCGAUGGCACCGCGCACGCUGCUCCUGCUGCUGGCGGCCGCCCUGGCCCCGACGCAGACUCGCGCGGGCUCACACUCGCUGCGGUAUUUCGUCACCGCCAUAUCCGGGCCCGGCCUCGGGGAGCCCCGAUUCAUGGAAGUCGGCUACGUGGACGGCACGGAGUUCGUGCGCUACGACAGCGACGCAAAGAAUCCGGGGAUGGAGCCGCGGGCGAGGUGGAUGGAGCGGGAGGGGCGGGAGUAUUGGGAGCGGGAGACACGGAGAGUCAAGGAAAACGAGCAGUUGUUCCGAGGGAACCUGAGGACCCUGCUUGGCUACUACAACCAGAGCGAGGGCGGCUCUCACACCAUCCAGUGGAUGUCUGGCUGUGACGUGGGGUCGGACGGGAGCCUCCUCCGCGGGUAUGAUCAGUUCGCCUACGACGGCCGCGAUUACAUCGUCCUGAACGAAGACCUGAAAACGUGGACGGCGGCGGACACGGCGGCACGGAUCACCCGGAACAAGUGGGAUCGGGCUGGUGUUGCAGAGAGACACAAGGCCUACCUGGAGGGCAAGUGCUUGGAGUCGCUCCUCAGAUACCUGGAGCUCGGGAAGGAGACGCUGCUGCGCUCAGAUCCCCCAAAGGCACAUGUGACCCUUCACCCCAGACCUGAAGGUGAUGUCACCCUGAGGUGCUGGGCCCUGGGCUUCUACCCUGCUGGCAUCUCCCUGACCUGGCAGUUGAAUGGGGAGGACCUGACCCAGGACAUGGAGCUUGUGGAGACCAGGCCUGCAGGGGAUGGAACCUUCCAAAAGUGGGCAUCUGUGGUGGUGCCUCUUGGGAAGGAGCAGAAUUACACAUGCCUUGUGGAGCAUGAGGGGCUGCCUGAGCCGCUUACCCAGAGAUGGGAGCCUUCUCCAUCGACCGACUCCAACAUGGAAACCUAUGUCAUUUAUGUCAUCCUUGGAGCUGUGGCCAUCAUUGCAGCUGUGAUCAUUGUAGCUGUGGUGGCUGUUGUGAUGAAGAGGAGGAGAAACACAGCUUUUCUUCUCACAGGUGGAAAAGUAGGAGUCUACGCCCCUGCUCCAAGCAGGGACAGCUCUGAGAGCUCUGAUGUGUCUCUCUCAGAUUGUAAAGCAUGAAGACAGCUGCCUGGAGUGGACUGAGUGACAGACGAUGUGUUCAGGUCUCUCCUGUGACAUCCAGAGUCCUCAGUUCUCUUUAGACACCAGUGUCUGAUGUUCCCUGUGAUUCUAUGGCUUCUGUGUGAAGAACUGUGGAGCCCAGCCUGCCCUGCACACCUGGACCCUGUCCCUGCACUGCCUGUGUUCCCUUCCACAGCCAACCUCGCUGGUCUAGCCUGGGGUUGGGGGCUGGGGACAUCUGCACCCUAUCACUCAGUGCUGCUUCUAGCUGCAACUCCUCACUUCUACACUGAGAAUAAGAAUCUGAGUGUGGGGCUGGAGAGAUGGCUCAGCGGUUAAGAGCACCCGACUGCUCUUCUAGAGGUCAUGAGUUCAAUUCCCAGCAACCGCAUGGUGGCUCACAACCAUCUAUAAAUAGAUCCGAUGCCCUCUUCUGGUGUAUCUGAAGACAGCUACAGUGUACUUAUAUAUAAUAAAUAAAUAAAUCUUUUAAAAAAAAAAAAGAAUCUGAGUGUGAACUUGACUGUUCACAUCCUUGACACAAGUGUGGAUGGCUUUUUAAAUUACUGGAUUGAGAAUACUUGGAGGUUGUUUUUUGGUUUUGUUUUGUUUUCUUUUGUUUUAAAUAAAUGGCAGGUGGAGAAGCUCCCAGAA